AUGCCUCCGUAUGUUGCCCGCAAUGCUGUCUUACGAACCUCACAGGCGCUUUUGCGUCUAUCAAAACCGGCACUUCGAUUCGCUCACACGCAGCGCAGGACUUUGCCCGACUUCUCGCUUGAAGGCAAGGUAGCUGUCGUGACCGGUGCUUCUCAAGGCCUCGGUCAACAGAUCCUCGCCGCUUUCGCCCUCUCAGGCGCUCAUGGAGCCAUAGUGGAUCUCAAACAAGAAGGCGCCGACAAAUCUGCCAAGGCUCUGAUCGAGGAGGCUGAGAAUCAGGGCCUACCUCCGCCAAAGGUGCAUGGUUACGAGUGCGACACCUCUUCCGAAGAAGGUGUAAAGUCUACUUGGGACAAGAUCAUCCAAGAGUUCGGCACAGUCGACAUCCUCGUCACCAACGCUGGGAUUACUGGCGGCGCACCAGCAGAAGACUACCCUUUCGAGGACUUCAAGCGCAUGAUUGACGUCAAUCUGACCGGAACCUUCCUCUUCUCGCGCACAGCAGGGAAGUGGUGGAUCGAAAACCAAGUCGACGGCCGCAUCCUGAUCGUCUCAUCUAUGUCUGGUUCUAUCGUGAACCGCCCCCAAAAGCAAUCAGCAUACAACGCUUCCAAGGCUGCAUCCGCCCAUCUCAUGAAAUCCCUGGCAUCUGAAUGGGCACCUCAUGGUAUCCGCGUCAACGCGCUAAGCCCGGGGUAUAUUCAGACAGAGGCAAACGAGGGCGAAGAGAUGGAGAAAUUGAGUAAAGAAUGGCUGAAGGAUAUACCGAUGAAGAGAAUUGCCAAGCCUGAAGAAUUUCGGGGUGCGGCAGUUUGGCUGGUCAGUGAUGCUAGUAGCUACGUUACGGGCAGCGAGAUUAUCGUGGAUGGUGGAUAUACAAUCUGGUGA